GGUGGUGCCCCGUCGGAUUAAUUUCAUCGCGAUCGUAUGACCCCUCGUGACUUUUGUUCACGCGCAUUCACAUUCUUCCUCGCAUAUUUGUGACUGUGCCGCGGACCAGUCUAGCCUCUAAUAAUAACCAGUUCUCAGGGAUCUUAUUACGCCGUGCUAUCUUGUUCGUUUCUUCUUCCUUCGUUUCGUUGCUCCUGCCCCCGCGUGGCACGCUAGACUUUGCUGGGGCAUCAUCUCUAGAGUGCUCAUAACCUGUUGUUGUUGCUGCUGAUCGAGUGUGCUAUAGUGGAUCCAGUCUCCAACGGUGACCCAUCGCGAACGGACAAACGACGAAUCGAGUGCAUCGAAUUGAGUUAGUGUGCAAACGGUGUCCGGUUAUCAAGUUCUUAAAUUUGUGCUACGUUUUUGUUGUGUCUAGCUUGGUCAAGCAACAGCACCUUUUUUUUUUACUUACGGCCACCGAAAGAAAAGAAAACCAGCUGCCGAAAUAGAUUGAGGUUGAUGUGCCAAAUGUGUGCCAGUAGUACUACCUCCAUAGUUGCAGCAGAUAUAAUACAGUGAGAGUAAUUUUUCCUUCUUUCUCUUUGAUGUACUGGGGGUCUUCCUGAAAUCGAAACUUGAAUCUCUUGAUUGAGCGAAGCUUCGCAAAUCGUUCAUACUUCACUGCAGUGGCUAACAAGUCACGCGUAGUCACAAACACGGAAGGUGAUGGUACACAGAGUCAGCAAAACAAACAGAAAAAAGUGAAUUCAAGAAGUGAGCACGAACGCUUUCCCUUUUGGCGGGUGUAACCUUCUCUCCAUUUCACAGUGUGGUGGUGGCCAAUACCUAGUGUACCAAAGUCUUCGACUAAAAUAGAAAGAGGAAAAGAUUAGUGAGGAAAAUAGUUUCAAUUGUUAGCAAUACGUGCUGUUGAAUCCAUUCGCGUGGUAGUGGUGGUAGAAGCGAAGACGAAAGCGAAAAGGAAAUCCAAAAGUGCAAUUUUCGAACGUAAGGUUGUAAACAAUGAUGGCCCCCAUAGGCGGAAGUACCGGCGACCCUAAAGAUGGCCAUAUAGCGGUCAUUUCGACGGGACCCGUCCCCUCGGUUGGAGUUCAACAGCCAGGUACGGCUUUGAUGGACGGGGACAAACGUCGCAUCAGUCGGAUGUUUAGCUGGACUGCUGAUUCACCUGUUGUCACAGGCAGCGAGACGAGUGUAGCGACGAUUGACGAUGGAGGGACAAUGUGGGCCAGGCAACAGAAUGCCGUAUCUGUGCGGCAUGCGUUCAAACAGUACGGCUCCAAGAAAAAACCAAAUCAAGUUCUAUCGAAUCUUAACAUGACAGUAGCCAAAGGAACCAUUUAUGGACUUUUAGGAGCAUCCGGUUGCGGUAAAACGACACUCUUGUCAUGCAUAGUCGGACGCAGGCGACUCAACUCAGGGGAAAUAUGGGUGCUGGGAGGCAAGCCAGGAACAAAAGGAUCUGGUGUACCGGGUAAGCGCGUAGGUUACAUGCCACAAGAGAUAGCUUUAUACGGAGAAUUUUCAAUCCGAGAAACGAUGAUGUAUUUCGGAUGGAUCUUCGGUAUGCAAACAUCAGAAAUCAAAGAUCGGUUACAUUUCCUGCUCAACUUCCUGGACCUGCCGUCCGAGUCACGACUGGUGAAGAAUUUGAGUGGUGGCCAGCAGCGACGAGUAUCGUUUGCCGUAGCUCUGAUGCACGACCCGGAGCUGCUGAUUCUCGACGAACCAACUGUCGGCGUCGAUCCAUUACUUAGGCAAAGUAUAUGGAAUCAUCUAGUGCACAUUACCAAGGCCGGUCAGAAGACGGUCAUCAUCACCACACAUUACAUAGAAGAAGCGCGACAAGCGCACACGAUCGGCCUGAUGCGAUCUGGACGAUUGCUAGCGGAAGAAUCACCAGCCUGCCUGCUAUCAAUAUACCGUUGCAGUAGUCUGGAGGAUGUAUUUCUGAAACUGUCCCGGAAGCAAGGACAACAGAAUACCGCCCCUGCUGAACUAAAUAUAAGCAAUAACAUUUCGCUGUCCGCCCUGGCGUUUGGCAAAGCUAAGGAUAAUCCAGUCUACGUGAGUCAGGAGAGCGGUGUCGUAGGUUUAAAUUUCCAUCAAAGUAAAGAAGUACUCAUUAGUGAUAGCAACGGAUCGGCGUACGGUAUAAAUGGCAUCAACGGGUCUGCAAUCAGUCCGGCAGUCAUCAGCCAGGCGGUGGAAUGCGACGAUUGCGGGAGCUGCUCGGAUUGUUUCAACAUCACAUCGAAAGGCAAACUCAAAGCACUACUGAUCAAAAACUUCCUUAAGAUGUGGCGAAACGUCGGCGUGAUGUUGUUUAUCUUUGCACUGCCGGUGAUGCAGGUCAUCCUGUUCUGCUUGGCAAUUGGGCGUGAUCCGACAAAUCUGCGAGUGGCUAUCGUUAACCAGGAAAUGAAUAUGACCAACGGAGACUGUAUUUUCGAUGCCGGUUGCAGUUUUACCAACCUUUCGUGUCGUUAUCUGAGCCAUCUUAAUUCAACGAUAGUGAAAAAUUACUAUCCGGAUUUGGACCUGGCACUGGGAGCGGUACGGGAUGGCCAUGCUUGGGGUGCGCUCUAUUUUACCGACAACUUUACCGAUGCGCUGGUGGCGAGAAUUGCAUUGGGUCGGGACGCUGACGACGAAACUCUAGAUCAAUCGGAAAUCCGAGUGUGGCUUGACAUGUCUAACCAACAGAUCGGUAUAAUGUUGAAUCGGGAUCUACAGGUAGCCUAUCGGGAGUUUGCACAGGAGCUGCUACGCGUUUGUGACAAUAAUCCCAAACUAGGAGAUGUUCCGAUUCAGUUUAAGGACCCCAUUUACGGAACCAAUGAUCCUUCCUUUACGGAUUUCGUUGCGCCUGGUGUGAUCCUGACAAUCGUUUUCUUCUUGGCCGUUGCACUGACAUCAUCUGCGCUGAUUAUCGAGAGAACUGAGGGUCUGCUGGAUCGAUCGUGGGUUGCUGGUGUUACUCCUUUCGAAAUCCUGUUUUCUCACGUAGUGACACAGUUUGUAGUGAUGUGUGGUCAAACGGCGCUGGUACUGCUCUUUAUGAUUGUGGUCUUUGGAGUAACGAACAAUGGAGAAAUCAUAUGGAUCGUCAUGCUCACCAUUCUUCAGGGUUUGUGUGGAAUGUGCUUCGGGUUCGUGAUUUCAGCCAUCUGCGAACUAGAACGAAAUGCCAUUCAGUUGGCGUUAGGUUCAUUCUACCCAACACUGUUGCUGUCCGGUGUCAUUUGGCCAAUUGAAGGCAUGCCAGUGGUAUUACGGUACGUGUCUCUGUGUCUACCGCUAACACUGGCCACAUCGUCCCUGCGAUCUAUCUUAACCCGUGGCUGGAGCAUAUUGGAUGAGGAUGUGUAUUUGGGCUUUAUAGCCACUAUUUCAUGGAUUGCUAUCUUCUUGGUGAUAACACUGCUCGUACUUAAGUUUAAGCGAGGCUAGGGCUUAUCCGGUAGGUUUUUAUACUUAGAUAUCAUUAAUUUAUAUGAGAGCGCAUGCACAAACGCAUACAAUCAUCCACUCUGUGUACGUUUUUCAUAAUUUAAUGUAUCGGUUUGUGUAUUUUAAGCGGUGAAGAUAUACAAAUUACGUCCCUGCAAACCGUCCCGGACCGAAUUAUGCUAAACAUCACUUUUGGAAUCUAGUCCAUUGUUGACAAUGUAUGCGGGAUUGUUUUCACCAAAAGACCAAAAUCAACACUUUUGUGUACACCCCGGCACCACUGACUAUUACCAUUUUCCAAAAGUAAAAUAAAAAUCUUUCGUAUGGUUCGGUCCCUUUACUAUAGGAACAAAAUGGCGCUGGCUAGAAGUGCAACCUAAAUUAAACGCUGACAAAGCGGAUGAAUACCGUAACUCUUACCACCGUUCUGUCAAAUUGAACUUUCAAAUUGACAGCUUGUGGUUGCCUCACUCCCUUUCAAGCAUUCUACUCACCUAUCUGUUGUAGCUUUGCACUUGAAAAAGACAACCAUCUCCUAAACAAAUCCUUCUUUCACCUUAAUCUGUUGUGUAUAAGGCUUCUUAUCUAGUUAAGCGCACCCCUGUGGAGUGGUGAAAUGUAACCCGCCUCCUGUUGUCUAUGUAAACAUUACAUUCAACUGAAUCUAAUUUGCUCAAUUUUUUUUUCGUUAGUUAUUGUUUUUCAACUUUCAGUUAGUCCAAGUCAAAACACAAACAAAAUGCAAUAUACAAUAACCCCGAAUUUGUACCACUUCUCCUUUUUGACUGCUAAUAAAAACGAAAAAAAAACAAAAAAACAAAAUGGAGAAUCUGUGGUGAUAAAGAAGUACAUAACCCCACCAAUCAGCAAUCAAUAGUUUCCAUGCGAAGAAAAAAAAACAACAAUUAUUGAACUGUGAUGAAACAUUUUUUUCUUUCUCUUU